AUGGACGAACGACCGACAAAGAAACGUAAAGUCCGAAAAGGAACGCGAAGUUGCUGGCAAUGCAGGAAGAGAAAGAUCCGCUGCGAGUUUUCCUCCAACGAAGAACAAACCUGCAACGGCUGCCAGGCUCGCGGUGCCGCCUGCGUCAGCCAGGAGUUCACCGACGAUGAGCCGUCCGGCCCGCCCGAGCGCGGCCUUGCCCAGCGUCUCGGUCGGUUGGAAGAGUUGAUGGUGAAGCUUGCCGACAAAAUGGGCCCCGAGCCCUCUUCGGUCAACAGAUCGAACCCGCCAACGCCGUCGGUCGAAGGCUCCCUUCGUGUUUCGGAAUCACAAGUCACCCCGGAGGACUCGUCCUGGCAGUCCGCGAGUGCGACUACUGCCGUCUCUGGGCCCAUCUCCGGCCGCCCCCCAUCACAACCCGCAACGAAUCGGCCUGCGGCGGAGCGUCCUCGUGGUGGCAGCAAGUACGACAAGAUAUGCCGCGAUAUCCACUCCAUGUUCCCAUCCCUCCAAGAUGCCCAAACUAUCGUUCAGUCGAGUAGGGGCCCAAUCUUCGUAUUGAUCAUCUUCUACUCGUACCAAGAUAUACUUGAGGGCAAAUCUCAACCGACUUCUUCCCUCACUGCAAUGCCAGAUAUCUCCAAGCAUCCGGCUAUUUUGGCGAAGCAUUUACUUCAAUUAACAAUCUGUCUACAGCAGAUGCCACCGUGCUUCGAUGUCUCUCAACUCGAGGCCUGUCUCAAGUGCUCGAUCCAGGAAAAAAUGGCAGAGUGGAUCGCCGCCGCCAGCGUGGUCACUUCCAACGACGAGUUGGUAGGUUCCGCAGAGGGGUUGGAGUGCCUCAUUCUUGAAGGGUUCUACCUCGUCAACUCUGGCAACCUCCGCAAGGCAUGGCUUGCCAUGAGAAGGGCCCUUAGCCUGGCCCAACUAAUGGGCAUCGAGCGUGACGGCUCGCGGCCGUUGAAGUCGUGUGAUCCCGCGACCGACCCUUCUACGAUGCCGUCUUCUCACUCGCUGUGGUCCCGUAUCAAUUCUUGCGAUCGAUACUUAUCACUGCUUCUCGGCCUCUCCGCCGGCACGCAGGACAAUAGCUUCAUGUCGGAAACCUUUCUGGCCCGUGACACGCCGAUGGAGAAACUGGAAAAGAGGUACACCGCCAUCUCGCUCCGAAUCAUCGAGAGAAAUCGCACUGCCGCGACAGAAGCAUUUGCCAUCACUCAAUCUGUAGAUUGUGAGCUCGAGCACGCGGCAAAGUCCAUGGGACGUAGCUGGUGGGAGAUCCCGCCAGUGCCCGACUACACCGACACAACUGGCCAGAUGAGCAUCAUGUCGCAUCUGAUGCUCCAGAUCCACCACCACAGCUUGCUCAUCUUGUUACAUCUCCCUUACAUGCUUCGCAACCAGACAAAUACCCGCUUCGACUACAGCAAAAACACCUGCCUGGAGUCCAGCAGGGCCGUUCUGAGACGAUGCGUCAUCUUCCGCACCGCCAACAACGCAGCAUUCUCGUGCCGUCACAUUGACUACUCAUCACUCAUGGCGGCCAUGACACUUCUCCUCGGUCACCUCAGCCGCCCUCCCGGUAUUCGCGAAGAGGAUUGGUCGAGGCAACGGAGCGAGGACAGGACUUUGGCUGAGACUGUACUGGCCAAGAUGGAGGAACUAGCUGUGUUGAACGACGACAAGUUGUCCGGCGAAAGUGCAGAGAUCAUCAGACAGUUGCUUCCCAUUGUCGACUGCUGCAACGGGGUAACACCACGUCAUUGUCCCGAAUCCGAGGUGAAGAACCUCCAGUUGAGCAUUCCCUAUCUUGGGAUUAUCAACAUCAAGACAACCGCAAAUCAGACAGCUGAGUCACACUUGCUAGAUCUUAGCCACUCGCAGCUGCCAACACCAGCAAACACCACGACUGUAGCGUCGGAAUCUCUCCAGCAAGACACGCCUCCUGCAAUAUCAUUGGAAACUCUCCUCGGACAGGACAACACUAUUCCCCACGAGGACGUAUGCGCUGGCUUCAGCGCCGAUUACCUCGGCUGGCCAUGCCCUGGCAUCACGGCAGAGGCUGGGGAUUGGGCGUUUCAGGGCGUUGAUACAACUUAUUGGUCCCUUCUGAACAGUGGCAUGUCAGGCGAAUUUUCUCAAUGA